UAUACAUUAGAAUCAGUGUUGAGGACAUAAUUUGGCAUUUGACGACAUUUGUUAAGUUCCCAUUUAAUUUGAUAGUUUGAUUCAAAUUUGAGAUAUUGAACUAAAAGAAAAAAAAACUUAACCAAAGUAAGAAAAAAUAUAUAAAAAAAAGGAAUCUCAGAUCGACUCGGUGUAUAUAUAUUCGGUAUAUGACUGUCACAAACUUCUUACUUUCUCUUUCUCUCUCAGCCGAAGAACAUGAAGCAAACCUUGUGCCUUGUUUUGUGUGUUCUCUUCCUCAUUUUAUCAACAAGUUCCUCUGCAAUUCGAAGAGGAAAAGAGAAUCCAGAGCUGAAUCCAGUAGUCUCAGCUACAUCGGUUGAAGAAGACUCAUUUAAUAAACUGAUGGUGAUGGAUUAUUGUGGAGAAGGAGAUGAAGAAUGUUUGAAGAGAAGGAUGAUGACGGAAGCUCACUUAGACUACAUUUACACACAGCACCAUAAGCACUGACAUUAUAAUUAAUUUGCCUACGUAUAUGUAAUGUUAUGUGUUGAUGUUACUUAGAUAUAUAAUAAGUAUUGUAUAUGAGUCCUAUGUGACAGAACAGCUCCAAGAAACCAAUUUUUUGUUUUUAAUUUCCUAGCUGAGUUUGUUUUAUCAGCUCUCAUGAAGAUUUCAAAAAUUCUAGGUAAAAACACAUCUAUCAUGGGUUUAUUUA